AUGCCCUUGAGCUGUGAACAAUUGGUGGAACAGGCAUGCCUUAGGGACGCAGAGUUUCCCCCAACUCCAUGGCGAUGGAGCGACGGACCGGGGUUCUCUAUUUUACCGCAAGUACCUAACCGAGUAGACCUGGAUGAGAUGGCCCGGUUUUGGAAGGUUGUGGAUGCGGUCUGGGACUAUGAUGUAUGGGGAUAUCCACCCUCGUGGACGCGUUUAUCAGAUGCGGUUGUUUUCAAGCUCCUCCUCAAGAAAAUCUCCAAGAUCCGCUUUGAGAAUUGGCCAUUUGACUUCAACAGCAGAGGUCAAAUGAGGUUCGAGCGCGCACCGCUGGGUCCAGCGGUGUCGAUUGAGCGCAAGGGCCGAUACUACUAUCCCGAAAUUGGAGGGCGAUAUGGCGCCAUUAUCAUCUCGUCGCGGGGUGUUACGAGUUUGACAUUCGAUGAUGAGGACCGCGUCUCCUGGGAUGGCAUGGCAGGGACUCCGGUUAUUUGGGCCAAGGAAGUGAGCCUUGAUUGCCCUGCCACCCUUACGCGACCCACUGUUGUCACUGAGACGGAAACCGAAGAUGGCCAAGAUGUGAUCAUGGUCAGUUAUGGUCCAGACGAGGAACCGGAGGACGCUCAAGGCACCACAGACAUAGUCCACGUGAAAAAAGAAGAGGUCAAAAGGGAGGACGUGAAAAAGCAGGUUGUGAAAAAAGAGAGAACCAUCAAGUCAGAGGUGGCUAAUGGAAGCCAGAGACAUCGCCUUCCGCGUACGCUCAAGAGAAAACCAGAGACCCAGAUUAACAGUCGCAGCAAACGCGGCAAAGCCACGUCGAGUACCUUGAAAAGGGAGAACAUUCCGAUCAAGUCAGAGGCGGUAAAUCGAAUCUCCCAGCUUGACCUUAAGAAUGAACCAGAUACCAAACCACCUACCUCCACCCCUCAGCAACAGUCUUCAGCACACAGCAGGGCUCGCUGUAGACUCAAAAGGGAAGCAGAGUCCCGCAUCGUCACGGGUCGCAACACACGUAGCAGAGCCAGGUCAAGCGCCUCGACCCAAAGCAGCAAGACUGAAUCAUGGGUGGAAAUGGCUUCCACGAUGAUCCGCCAGGCAGCCUCUGCGAACAGGGAACAUCAGGCGCGGAUUGGAAGUAUUCGCGAGGACAUCAAAUCUCUUCAAGCCAGAAUGGAUGCUUUGAAUGCGUCAGCACCGCUGCCCAGAGCUCUAGAGGAUGUCCGGAAACUCAUUGCUGAGCACAAAGACGACGUGCGGGGGACAGAGAAAAUCGAGAGAACGAUGAAUAUCAUUCUGCAGAAGCUCCCGUCUUAA